AUGCGUGUGGGCUGUUAUGUUGAUGGUGUUUGUUGUAACAACUUCAGCUAUGCGGACGACAUGGUGCUGCUGGCUCCGUCAAUUGGGGCUCUCCGGAAGUUGCUUGCAGUUUGUGAGUCUUUUGUGGCGGCACAUGGACUUGUAUAUAAUGUAAACAAGACUGUCUGCAUGGUCUUCAAAUCAGGUAAUAAGGAUCCACCUAUCCAACCGAUAUUUUUGAAUGGCGUCUCUUUAAAUAGAGUACGUCAAUUUAAAUAUCUUGGGCACUGGGUCACUGACGAUUUGAAGGACGAUGUGGACAUGGAGAGGGAACGCAGAGCAUUGUCAGUUCGGGCGAAUAUGUUGGCUCGCAGAUUCUCUCGUUGUACAGACGCGGUUAAAAUUACUUUGUUUAAGGCGUACUGCACCUCACUGUACACGGGAGGUCUGUGGGUUAACUACACCCAGAGAGCGUACAAUGCUCUGCGGAUCCAGUACAAUAAUGCGUUCAGGGCGCUGUUGCGGCUUCCACGUUUCUGUAGUGCAUCAGCAAUGUUUGCUGAUGCUCACACGGAUGGUUUCACAGCAUUAUGGCGCAAAAAGACGGCAUCAUUUAUCAGUCGCCUGCGUGGAAGUCGCCACAGCAUCCUGAGUGCUAUAGCUGACAGGCACGACUGUCCACUAAUGUGGAAUUUAGUGCAGCGGACUAAGUCCCUGCUUAGUAUUAAGUAUUAG